AUGCCGGAGUCUGAUGAAGAUGCUCGUGAAGCAGUGGAGAAGGUUUUUGGAGUGCGACCCUGCUUAUGGCAACUGAAAGCAGCUCGAAUGAUCCUCGGAGGACAAGACACUUUAACAAUUGCACCAACUGGGUCCGGAAAAACUCUGAGCUACUGGCUUGCACUGGUUUUUGUACCGGAAGGGACCAUCGUAGUUGUCACACCUCUGAAAGAUCUCGGCUCUCAAUUCGAAAAUGAACUGAAGCAAAAGGGUUUUUGUGCUCUCAAUGUCACAGGGAAUAUUACCACGAAUAAUCUUUAUAAGGACAUUGCCUCACUGAAGUACCGGGUGGUCAUUUUCAGUCCCGAAAGUAUUGUUAAUGAUAGCCGUUUUGAUGAUCUGCUCAGCAACCGAAAAUUCAUGCGGUCUGUGAUCAGCUUUGUAUUUGACGAGGCUCAUGUCAUUGAACAGUGGGGUGGAGCCUUUCGGCCAGAAUAUCAGAAGCUUGGGCCGCUCCGAUAUACAAUGGUGCGACAUGUGCCAUACCAAUUAGGGUCGGCAACACUUCCGCCAAUCAUUGCUCAGAAAUUGACUGGACAUCUGCAUCUCGGUCAGGACACCAAAACCAUACGGCUGGACACCGAUUGGAAAAACAUAUUUCUAUGUGUACAGCGUAUGAAACACCCCUUGAGUUCCUACCGCGAUCUUGCACCGCUAUUGCAAACAUCCAAAAAAUUUAUUGUUUUCUUCAACUCGCGAAACACUGCUCAAGAUGGUGCCCGAUUUCUGCGGUCAUGUCUGCCCAUACAUGAAAUGAACAAUAUUACAUGGGUACACUCCGGCAUGUCAUAUGACUUUCGGCGGGAGGAAAUUGGCGCAUUGAAGGCAGGUCUAUGA